AUGAGCCCGCCCGUGCGCAUCGACUUUCUCUCGCACUGCAGCGACGGUGACUUCUUCAGCACACGCGCGCCCAAGGCCAAGUUCCGCACGGCCCUCCGCGAGUUCCGGGAUCUGCUCUCGGACGAGUCGAGCACGGGCUUUGACCUCUUCCGCAGCAAGAUGGAGACCGUCGUGCACCUUGUCGUCAACGACGCGGUGGGCGGCACGGUCGCCUCCUUUGACGUGGCGCUCAACGUGCUCGACAGCCUAAGCCGUCACUUCCAGGCGGCGAGAGACGAGACGGCCAAGUCGUACCUGCGCACGAUCCGCUGGGGCAUCUCGGGCUUCCAGGUCUUCAAGAGCAUGGACGCCGCGUCGCGCGAUGGCGGCAAUCUGUACCCGAACCGCGUGCCCAUUGUCGACUGUGUCACGCGCCAUUGGUCCGUCAUCGCGUAUGUGCAAAUGGAGAUGAUUGUCUGCUGCCUCGAGUGGCUCCACGGCGCGCUCGUGGCCUGGAACACGGCGCAAGAGGAAGCCCGCGCUAGCCGCGCGUCGUCCUCGGAGCAGUCGAGCGUCGCCGACCCGACCGAGCGCCCCUCGACGCCCAACGUAGCCGCACCCUCGAUGCCGCCACCGCCGCAGUACACGAUCGACCCCUCGACGCACAACUAUGCCGCCGCCGCACCGCCCGCUGUCAGCAGCGGCCUGCCACGCGCGCCCCCGCCGUCUACAUCGACGUUGGAGCAGAUGCUGUCGUCGCUCUCGACGGGCCCAUCGUCGCUGUCAAGUGGCCAGACGCCUCUCUCCAGCGGUCCGACAUCGUCGCUUGGGCUCACGUCGCCGUCGACGUCGCGAAUCGUGUCGUCGAUCGAGUCUCCGUACGAAGAAGCGUCACGCCUCUCGGCCGCCCGUGACGGACAAGCGUCGUACCCGGCGACGUUCAAUGCGCAAUCGCCCUUUCCGGACCUUCGUCGUCGUCGUCGUCGUUUAUGA